UAUGCCAAUUUAGUUGCAAUUGAAAACAGGCAUUAAUUUUGAAUUUUACUCACAAUUAUUAAGAAGAGUUAUUCCUGACCAUGUCUCGUACGAUAUUGCUGGUGCACCCAAAGAAAAAUCCAAGGACGCGCACCUAUACUGAAUAUAGUAGCACUCAGCAAUGCCUGGAUGCGGUCUGCAAGAUUUAUGAGGAGCAUCUGAAGCGUAGCAUGCCCCAAUUGCCGACGAUUACCUAUGAUAUCAUACAACUGUUUGAUUUCAUCGAUUCCUUCGUGGACAUAAGCUGCCUAGUGCAUGAGAAGAGCACAGGAGGCUAUGUGCCACACAGCAAGGAAUGGAUUAAGGAUAAGAUCUAUGAACAGUUUCGACAAUCAGCUUUAAAUAUAAAGUAGAUUCACGAAAUACAAGAUCCUGUGCCUUUUUUUUAUAACAAUUCCCACAAAUUGAAAAUAAAAGUCCAGUUUAUUUC